ACAAGCGCAGGAGGCGGGGCCAGCGGCUACGGUGGCCGAGAGAGGCCGCGGUAGGGGCGGCCGGAGCGGCUACGGUGGCCGACGGGGCCCAUGUUGCGGCGAGCGGUGGGAUGGGGCCUGCGGAGGCCGCUGUGGGCGGUGGGGCGGCAGCGGAGCGGGGCGGGCAGCCCCGAUGGGGACGACCCCGACACCAACCGCCCCCGCAGCGACCGGGCCCCGAGGAUCUACACGAGGACCGGAGAUGCAGGCUUCUCCAGCACCUUCACUGGAGAGCGGAGGCCGAAGGGGGACCGGAUCUUUGAGGCCCUGGGAGCCACCGACGAACUGAACUCAGCCAUCGGGCUUGCUGGUGAAUUUAGCAGUGAAAAGGGCCACACCUUUGUUGAACAGCUUCAUAAAGUCCAGUGUAUGCUGCAGGAUGUGGGCUCCAACAUCGCGACGCCGCUCUCCUCAGCCAGGGAGGCUCACUUAAAAAGAACGUCUUUCAGUGAGAAGCCAAUUCUGGAGCUGGAGCAGUGGAUUGACAGUUACUCAGAGCAGCUUCCUCCACUCAGAGCUUUCAUCUUGCCAUGUGGUUCCGUUAGUACAAGCAGGGGAAGCAGAUCCAAACGUGGCCAAAUACUUGAACAGGUAAAAAAAAUGAAAUCCCACCUGUUACUCUGUGCUUCUGGAGUGUGUCUGGUGGUGUUCCCUUCGUUUUGGGAUAAAACAGUGGGGUUUUAUUUCUCAAAAAGCUUCCUUUCAAAGCAAGAUCUUUGAAGUUUCAACAAGCAGCUUGUCAAAAAGUACUCUUGCAAGGCCCGUGUGUUUGCAGGAGCUGAGGGAGCCACUGCUUCCUUUUUGAAGGCCAUUUUGGAAGUCGCUUCUCACGUGGUUUCUCUUUGCCUUCCUUUACCUGUCGUUCCUGUGCUGUAAUCCCCUGUGCUUUGCUGUAAUUGUGUGUUGCUGGAUACAGAGUGGUUUCACUGCUUUUGUCUUGGUUUCCAGACUGAGCGACUAUCUCUUUGUUCUGGCACGUUACGCUGCGAUGAAGGAAGGGAAGGAGGAGAAAAUAUAUAUAAGGCCUGACCCUUAACAAGGAGCUGGAAUCCUUGUUUCCCUGAUCGUGGGAAGCAGACUGCUUUCCCCGAGUCAAGGAAGGGAAAGAGAACAAGCCUGGAUUGGAAAUGUGAGCUGCCAAGAGCUUAAAUAACUAGGACCUUGUUCCUAAAUACUGUGAGGAACACAGCUGUUCUGUUCACUGGGCCUUGUCCAAGUGUCCCUUGUGUAACAUUGCGGUGGUGCCAUCGGAGUUGCUGUUUUCAAGGGUUGGAGCUGAGGCAGGAGGGUUUCAAGAGCUACAGCUAAUUUCUAGAGACUUCCCUGAGCAGCGGCAGGUGCUGUGGAAAGGCUUUGGACUCUGAGGAAUGAAGAAGAGAAAACAAUCUGCUUCUCUUUGUAAGUGGUAACGCUCGUACAGAACAGCAACUGUGUAGAGAUCCGGGAACUCUGUCCACAAGCUUUGAAAUAAUAAAUGUGAUUUACUUGCACCACAGGGCCCUUAAAUGUCAUACUUUAAUACUGAGCCCAGCGUGCUUUGCUUUUUUGAGUUGCUUUCAAUCCAUCAGUGCUGGCUGAGGCUGAGCUGUGUAGAUUUACAGGAAUGCACUAAGAAUUCUUCGGCUCUGGCUGCCAAGAAUAUCUCUGUGUUGACAAUCCAGCGCAUCCUCUGCCAGGAAUGGGGCUCACACAGGACAGGGGGAUUAAAAGAGAUAGUUCUGUGAUUCUAAGCUCUGUUGAGGCAGCUGGGGUUGGCUCCAUGGGAGCUGCUCGGAGUUAGCUCACAGCAUCCCCCUCUGGCUGCAGGUUCAGCUGAAGGAGUAGAGCCCAUGUUUAGUUUCGGAAUCUGCUGGGGACCACAUGAGUAGUGAAGUUUCAGAUAGAGGCGUUGUGCUGAGUAGCCCAGGGCUGGUGCAUCCUCAGCUGGAGCUGCAAGAGAGAGGCUGACACCCUGAGGAUCCAUCUCAGACAUGUUAAUGUCCACAUUGACCAGGAGUGUCGUGGUCAUGGAGCCCUCAGCAGAGUUGAGCUUGGAGAACGUGGCUGCAAACAUCCCAACAGCAGAAUGGGGUACUUCACAGAGCAGACCUCCUCUCUUUCAACCUCCUGAUGGACUCAAAACUGCCAAAACCCACACUUGAGUCUGUGAACAAGAGCAUCAGAGCCAACGAUGAGUUAACACCUGUGUCGUGGAGAGAACACAAUCAGUUUUUUAAGUCCAAGCCAUUUACGGCUUGGAAGUAUAAUUGGGAAGAGGAACAGCUGAGGGAACUGGGGCUGUUUAGCCUGGAGAAGAGGAGGCUGAGGGGAGACCUCAUCGCUCUCUGCAGCUCCCUGGAAGGAGGUUUGGAGCAUUGUGGGUGCUUGGGUCUCUUCUCUCAAGUAACAAGUGACAGGACAGGAGGAAAUGACCUCAAGUUGCACCAGGGGUUUAGAUUGGAUAAUAAAAAAAAAUUCAUUUACUGAAAGAGUGGUGAAGCAUUGGAAGAGGCUGCUCAGGGCAGUGGGGGAGUCUCCAUCCCUGGAGGGGUUCAAAAACUCUGCAGAUGUGGCACUUUGGGACAUGGUUUAGUAGGCACGGUGGGGCUGGGCUGACGGCUGGACUGUUUGAGCUUAGACUUCUUUUCCAACCUUCAUGAUUCCAUGAUCCUGUGGGUUAAGGACUCAAGUUGAACAUGGCAGUUAUAGUCUUCCCUCCCUGUUGGAGGAGCAUCGUGGAAACCUAUGAGCCGUGAGGUGGUUACGCACAUCAGGAGUGCUUGUCCUGCACUAACAGUGCCACUUCUGGUGGUGGGAGCUUUCCAGUCACUUGUGCGGUUUCCUCAGUUUAAUUAAUUAUGUAGAAACAACCUUAAACUUCCUUCCCGAGAGCACCCGUGGCUUCUGUGUGAACUUCUUAAUCAGAGCAGGGUCAGAGUGAAGAAUGCCCGGUGCUAAUAGACACCGCUGUCUCAUUAUUCACCCUUUUUUUUUUUCCAAACAGAUAUUUCAUGGCAAUUGUUAAUGCACAUUUUUCACAGAGUAAUUUUCCAAGCCUUAGCCUGUAACGCAUCCCAAUGACAAAUGCUCUGGGUUUGGGCUGUACCGUCAGCUGCAAUGUCACAUCAGACAUUUCCUCAGUGCCUGCUCCAGACAGGCCAUCCAGUUUUAUGAUAGCUCUGUCUCAGUGAUCGCUACUGAACCUUAAGAAUCUAGAGGCUUUUCAAGUUUAAUUGAAUAAAAUUCUUUGCAAUAUAAAUUCUUCAUGAAUGCUUUAUAAAUCAGCGCCGCGAUGGAUUUAUAGUAGUGUCUUUUUUUUUCCUGCUGGGGGGAAGAAAUCUCUGGUUUGGGAUCAAAGCUACUAUUGUUUGGAUUGCAGGGAGAAAUAAAUUUAGCGACUACACUUUAAUGUGAUGUAGAAAUUAAAUUUAUUAGGGUGUGCACAGCUUCCAGCUCCCCUCCUCUCUUUCUACCCAAA